CCAAAUUCCCAAUUUAAUACUAGCUUUAAAAAGUUUCUUUCUUUUUCUCUUCUUAGAAAGCUGCUCUUCAACACAUCGGGGACUUCCCAUAUUCCUAAAUCUGCCCCCUCUUCUUCCAAAUCAGCUAUUAGCGAUUUUUCCCACGCAGUUUUAAAGAUGGGGUUGUCUUUCACUAAGCUUUUCAGUCGGCUAUUUGCCAAGAAGGAAAUGCGAAUUCUUAUGGUAGGUCUUGAUGCAGCUGGUAAGACAACCAUAUUGUACAAGCUCAAACUGGGAGAGAUUGUUACCACUAUUCCUACCAUUGGAUUUAACGUGGAGACUGUGGAGUACAAGAACAUUAGCUUCACUGUCUGGGAUGUUGGUGGUCAGGACAAGAUUCGACCACUGUGGAGACAUUACUUCCAAAACACACAAGGGCUCAUCUUUGUUGUUGACAGUAAUGAUCGGGACCGUGUUGUUGAGGCUAGAGACGAGUUGCACAGGAUGUUGAAUGAGGAUGAACUGAGGGAUGCGGUGCUGCUUGUGUUUGCCAACAAGCAAGAUCUUCCAAAUGCUAUGAACGCUGCUGAGAUUACUGAUAAGCUUGGUCUUCACUCCCUCCGUCAACGUCACUGGUACAUUCAGAGUACAUGUGCCACCUCUGGGGAAGGACUUUACGAGGGACUUGACUGGCUCUCCAACAACAUUGCGAGCAAGGCUUAGGAGGCAUGAUCAAUGAUUUUUGCAGUUAUGUUUUUAUUUUAUGUACCUUACGAGAUCCUUCUUUUGCAAGGAGAAUUGGCUUAUUGCAAAACUAUUGUUUUGUUAUACUUCUUUUCCCUUUUUGUAAAAGGAUGAUGGUACCUUGAAGUAGCUUUAGGUUAAUGUUCAUGUAAUAUUUUGCACUCUGACUCGCAUGAUGGCAGCCACUUGUCUUUCCAUAUAUUAUUUUAUUCAGGGGUAGGGUUCUUCCCUGGCAUUUUUUAGAUAAAGGUAGUAUUUGUGGUC